GGUUCUGUCAUCUGCCAGAGUGCUCCCGGAAGUAUGUACACCGGCCGCACCUGAACACUCGCACCAAGGAUGGGAGCCAGCUGGUUGUCCAGUCUGCUGAAGUAACGCUUCUGUCUUUUGGCGCACCCUCCACUCUUUCCACAGGCGUCUUCCUCAAUCACAGCUAUGGAGGUCAUGGACAGGCUUAAAGCCAGGAGUUUCUUUGGUUUCAUACCGAUUCGACGCGGUUUGUUUGUCAUUGCAUUCAUCCAACUCCUGACCGGCAUUGCAGUGUACAUGUGCUACAAGUACCUGCGUCCGAGUCUGCAUUCCGUUGCUUGCUCUCAGCUUACUAUUUUCAGCGUCAGUGCUGUUAUAGGGGUCAUUGGAGCUUAUCGACGCAACACUACAGUGGAAGGAUUCUACUUUGCCACGUUCCUCGCAUCAAUUGCAUUCCUGAUCAUUGCUAUCCUCGAUUUCACCGAUGUCGUCCACAUGAUGCCGAAAGCGCCUGAGGGAGCCACGGAGGCCUUCCUACAAAUUGACCGAGAAACGCAAAACCGACCCUCAUCUCUUCCUGCUCGUAGAUGGCAUUACAGUCAUGGCUCAUUCGCCGCAAACACGUCGCGGCUCACGCAGGGGGGCUGGGCCUCGAAGCAGGAUAUCCAGAAGACACUGGAAACACUUCCAUUCGUUCCUCACAUUGGUGAGACGGAAGGCGAAUCAGAGGAAAUCAGCAUUGGCGAGCUACCACCGGAGGCGAAGGAACUCCCUACGAAGGCGCAGAACAUGGUAAUAACGAUAACGAAGAUGCAAAAACGACCUGUUAAGCUUGCUUUCGCUGGCGUCUUUGGUACUCUACUCCUGUUCCACCUGUACUUCGGCUGGAUCAUUCUGACAUUUCUGAUGAACAAAUGCAUGAGUUUGGAUGAGCUUACAGGGCAGCCCGAGCAGUUCCAACCCCUGAUUCGUGACGAGUAGAGACUGCAGGGAUGAGCAUUGGAAGAAGGCGUCCUUUUAUUUACUUGCUUAACCGUAUUCUUCUGCUUGUCUUGGAUUUGAUCUUUUCCUCUGUUUCGUGUUGCUUUGGAACUGGAUUUGACUCUCCUUUGCCACAUAUUGCUCUACACUCUGUGCGUGUCUCGGACACUGAAGGAAUACGACACUGUC